GAAGGUGGAGCCCUGCAAAGGUGAAGUUAUGCUUAGCUACCACACCCAGCAGGGCAGAUAACUUCAUCUGGUGCCGCCUCCCCGCUGCAGUCCCCCGUCCUGGUGCUGGCCCUGCUCCCAGCCUCCGCGGCGCCUCCAGACCCAUGCAGCUAUUCAGGGUGCUGCGUCUCCUCUGGAUGCUCAAGGCCUUCCUGGGGUCCACAGGAACUUCAGCCACGGCCACAUCCACCCCUAAUGAGCUUUGGCACACUGCUCUGAGGAAUUCCCCACACUCCAAAGGCACAGCAAAGUGGCCACUGAACACCCCCCAAACUUCUCCCAGUCCUGAUGCUAGGGAAAACAUACCCAAGACUAUCAGCACCUCCCCCCACUCGAAAUCCCUGUCUGAAACAUUGCUCAAAUCACCCAUCAAUUCCAACCCCCCACCAAGCCCCACGUCCAAGUUUGUCUUCAAGGUUGAAACCACCCCACCUACCAUGAUCAUCUAUACGGGCUCGACAGAGUGCACCAAUCCAACGAGCCUCAUAGUCACCACCACUUACCCCACCACCACCUGCGUGAGCCAGACCCAGGUGUCCUUCCCCAGCUCUCACACCACCACACGUGGGACAGAGACACCACGGACAACCAUCACCAGUACUUAUCCCAUGUCAACAACCAAGAGAGUCACCUCCGCCGUGACCAGUCCCCCCACAGUCACCACUGCAGGGAAAACUCCCACAACCACGGCCCCACCCUCCACCACUGUAGCCACUGAAGAAAUAGGCCAGAUAAGGGACCCAACAUCUCAUGCUUCUUCCACCAGGAAAACCACCUUUAUUACUACGACUGUUGUUUCUAAAGAAUCUGUAACGACAGAGAUUACUUCUACUCCCCCAAUUACAUCAUCAGACACACCUACAAAUACAGACAAUUAUCCGACAACCAUUACUUCCACUUCAGUGACUACCAAUACCUUGACAUCACUCAUCAGUAAGCCUCAGUCUUCACCUGCUCUGACCACAGAACCAGUCCUAACUACAUCCUCAAACACUUCCCCUCUAUCCACUUUGAUAAUAACGACUACCCAGGCUACGUCCACCCCUCCAUUUCCCACUACUACUCUGACCACGACCCCAAAAGAAAUCACCACUCCCACCUAUAUUUCAAACCCAGUCACCUCAAUUACAGCAACAUUGCCAACCACUUCAAUUACAGAAAUAGACAAGACUGGGACUACAAACAUAGUAACACCCACAUCAAUAGCAACACAAAGAACACCAGGUAUCACAUCUUCAACCAGCUUCUCCACAGGAAGGAAAACCACGCUAGCCACAACCGAGUCCACAUCCAGGAGUACCACUGUCUCACUGACCUCUACCACCAACCUCAGCUCCACACUGACUUUCUCUAGCACCUCACCUACAAGCGGAGACACAAAUGUCAUUUCAUCUAUUGCCACUACCCCAAAAAUUGACACAACCUUCAGUGUUCAAGCCACUUCAGCCAACAGGCCGAGUACAACAUCCAUGUUCAUGAGUGUGCACAGCACAGCGACUCCCUUCCUCACUACCAGCAUUCCAGCUACAUCUCCAGGCACUUCUUCCACGUCUACCAGCACUACCAGGAUGGCUCAGGCAACAAGUACCACCUCACCUGCCACAGGCACCAGUGCACUGCACACAACCACAGCAACUCCUCCCAGUGACACCUCCAGCCAGCCUGUCACCACGGAGGUGUCCUCUCCGUCAUCAGUCACAUCGUCGCUCACUCCCACCAGCACACUCCAUUCUCCGGCAUCCACCACAUCGACUCCCAUUGACACCAGUACCUUGACAUUGUCCACGACUGCACCUCCCUCCUCUGUCAGUACCGAAGCCCCUACCCUGACACCAGCCACCACUGAGUCCACAGCCACGAGUACCACUGGCUCAUUGAGCUCCACAAGUGACCUCAGCUCCACACUUGUGCUGUCCAACACCUCACCCACCACCACAAAUAACAUCCCUUCUUCCCCCACCACCCAUAAUGCAGAUACAACCUUCAGUGUGGUCACAAACUCAGUCAUUGCGCCUACUGAGACAUCCCCGUCUGCUACCACACACAGCACAGUGACUCCCUUCCUCACGACCAGCACUCCAGCUACAUCUCUGGGCAGUUCUUCUUUGUCUACCAGCACUACCAGGAUGCCUCAGGGAACAAGUACCACCUCACCUGCCACAGGCACCAGUGCACUGCACACAACCACAGCGACUCCUCCCAGUGACACCUCCAGCCAGCCUGUCACCACAGAGGUGUCCUCUCCUCCGUCAGUCACAUCCUCUGCCACUCCCACCAGCACACUCUAUACUCCCGCAUCCACCACCUCAAAUCCCAUCACCACCAAUACUCUGACCUUGUCUACACGGGCGCCUCACUCCUCUUCACCUGCUCCCAGCACUGAGCCCACCUCUCCCUCGAAACCGAACACCAGCCCUCUGCCCACCAAGACAACCACACGGCUUCCCACCCACACCACUGCUGGCACAUCGCCUCCCACAAGCACUCCCACCGGGUCCACCACCCAGGUCGCCACUGCCACGGACACCUCAUCCACCUCCAUCACUACUGUGCCCACUACCUCUACCAAAGAAACCACCCAGGGCUCUAAUACUCAUUCGGUAACCUCAUUCAUCCCAAGAGCAUCACAAACCACCACAGCCCUCACCUCUUCAACCACCUACUCCACCAGGAGCACAGCCACGUCUGCAGUCACUGCAUCCCUCCCUGCCACCACCAUCGUGCAGACAUCCACGACUUCACCUCCCUCCUCUGUCAGUACCGAAACCCCCACCCCAACACCAGCCACCACUGAGUCCACAGCCACGAGUACCACUGGCUCACUGAGCUCCACAAGUGACCUCAGCUCCACACUUGUGCUGUCUAGCCUCUCACUCACCACCUCAAAUAACAUCCCUUCUUACCCCGCCAUCCAUAAUACAGAUACAACCUUCAGUGUGGUCACAAACUCAGUCACUGCGCCUACUGAGACAUCCACAUCCGCUACCAGUCACAGCACAGUGACUCCCCUCCUCACGACCACCAUUCCAGCUACAUCUCUAGGCAGUUCUUCCCUGUCUACAAGCACUACCAGGACCACUCAGGCAACGAGUACCACCUCACCUGCCACAGGCACCAGUGCACUGCACACAACCACAGCAACUCCUCCCAGUGACACCUCCAGCCAGCCUGUCACCACAGACGUGUCCUCUUCGUCAUCAGUCACAUCGUCGGUCACUCCCACCAGCACACUGCAUUCUCCGGCAUCCACCACAUCGACUCCCAUUGACACCAGUACCUUGACAUUGUCCACGACUGCACCUCCCUCCUCUGUCAGUACUGAAGGGUCUACCCCGACACCAGCCAUCACUGAGUCCACAGCCACGAGUACCACUGGCUCACUGAGCUCCACAAGUGACCUCAGCUCCACACUUGCACUCUCAAGCACCUCACUCACCACCAUAAACUACAUGCCAUCUUCCCCCACCACCCAUAAUACAGAUACAGCCUUCACUGUGGUCACAAACUCAGUCACUGCGCCUACUGAGACAUCCACAUCCGCUACCAGCCACAAAACAGUGACUCCCCUUCUCACGACCAGCACUCCAGCUACAUCUCUAGGCAGUACUUCCCUGUCUACCAGCACUACCAGGAUGGCUCAGGCAACGAGUACCACCUCACCUGCCACAGGCACCAGUGCACUGCACACAACCACAGCAACUCCUCCCAGUGACACCUCCAGCCAGCCUGUCACCACGGAGGUGUCCUCUCCAUCAUCAGUCACAUCGUCGGUAACUCCCACCAGCACACUCCAUUCUCCGGCAUCCACCACAUCGACUCCCAUUGACACCAGUACCUUGACAUUGUCCACGACUGCACCUCCCUCCUCUAUCAGUACUGAAGUGUCUACCCUGACACCAGCCACCACUGAGUCCACAGCCACGAGUACCACUGGCUCACUGAGCUCCACAAGUGACCUCACCUCCACACUUGUGCUCACAAGCACCUCACUCACCACCACAAACAACAUGCCAUCUUCCCCCACCACCCAUAAUGCAGAUACAACCUUCAGUGUGGUCACAAACUCAGUCACUGCGCCUACUGAGACAUCCACGUCCGCUACCAGCCACAAAACAGUGACUCCCUUCCUCACGUCCACCAUUCCAGAUACAUCUCUAGGCAGUUCUUCCAUGUCUACAAGCACUACCAGGACCACUCAGGCAACGAGUACCACCUUACCUGCCACAGGCACCAGUGCACUGCACACAACCAUAGCGACUCCUCCCAGUGACACCUCCAGCCAGCCUGUCACCACAGAGGUGUCCUCUCCGUCAUCAGUCACAUCGUCGGUCACUCCCACCAGCACACUCCAUUCUCCAGCAUCCACCACAUUGACUCCCAUUGACACCACUACCUUGACAUUGUCCACGACUGCACCUCCCUCCUCUGUCAGUACUGAAGUGUCUACCCCGACACCAGCCACCACUGAGACCACAGCCACGAGUACCACUGGCUCACUGAGCUCCACAAGUGACCUCAGCUCCACACUUGCACUCUCAAGCACCUCACCUACCACCACAAACAACAUGCCAUCUUCCCCCACCACCCAUAAUACAGAUACACCCUUCAGUGUGGUCACAAACUCAGUCACUGCGCCUACUGAGACAUCCACGUCCGCUACCAGCCACAGCACAGUGAGUCCCCUCCUCACGACCACCAUUCCAGCUACAUCUCUAGGCAGUUCUUCUGUGUCUACAAGCACUACCAGGACCACUCAGGCAACGAGUACCACCUUACCUGCCACAGGCACCAGUGCACUGCACACAACCACAGCAACUCCUCCCAGUGACACCUCCAGCCAGCCUGUCACCACGGAGGACUCCUCUCCGUCAUCAGUCACAUCGUCGGUCACUCCCACCAGCACACUCCAUUCUCCAGCAUCCACCACAUUGACUCCCAUUGACACCACUACCUUGACAUUGUCCACGACUGCACCUCCCUCCUCUGUCAGUACUGAAGGGUCUACCCCGACACCAGCCACCACUGAGACCACAGCCACGAGUACCACUGGCUCACUGAGCUCCACAAGUGACCUCAGCUCCACACUUGCACUCUCAAGCACCUCACCCACCACCACAAACAACAUGCCAUCUUCCCCCACAACCCAUAAUGCAGAUACACCCUUCAGUGUGGUCACAAACUCAGUCACUGUGCCUACUGAGACAUCCACGUCCGCUACCAGCCACAGCACAGUGAGUCCCCUCCUCACGACCACCAUUCCAGCUACAUCUCUAGGCAGUUCUUCUGUGUCUACAAGCACUACCAGGACCACUCAGGCAACGAGUACCACCUUACCUGCCACAGGCACCAGUGCACUGCACACAACCACAGCAACUCCUCCCAGUGACAACUCCAGCCAGCCUGUCACCACGGAGGACUCCUCUCCAUCAUCAGUCACAUCGUCGGUCACUCCCACCAGCACACUCCAUUCUCCAGCAUCCACCACAUUGACUCCCAUUGACACCACUACCUUGACAUUGUCCACGACUGCACCUCCCUCCUCUGUCAGUACUGAAGUGUCUACCCCGACACCAGCCACCACUGAGACCACAGCCACGAGUACCACUGGCUCACUGAGCUCCACAAGUGACCUCAGCUCCACACUUGCACUCUCAAGCACCUCACCCACCACCACAAACAACAUGCCAUCUUCCCCCACCACCCAUAAUACAGAUACACCCUUCAGUGUGGUCACAAACUCAGUCACUGCGCCUACUGAGACAUCCACGUCCGCUACCAGCCACAGCACAGUGAAUCCCCUCCUCACGACCAGUACUCCAGAUACAUCUCUAGGCAGUUCUUCCCUGUCUACAAACACUACCAGGACCACUCAGGCAACGAGUACCACCUCACCUGCCACAAGCACCAGUGCACUGAACACAACCACAGCAACUCCUCCCAGUGACACCUCCAGCCAGCCUGUCACCACAGACGUGUCCUCUCCAUCAUCAGUUACAUCGUCGGUCACUCCCACCAGCACACUACAUUCUCCUGCAUCCACCACAUCGACUUCCAUUGACACCAGUACCUUGACAUUGUCCACGACUGCACCUCCCUCCUCUGUCAGUACUGAAGUGUCUACCCCGACACCAGCCACCACUGAGACCACAGCCACGAGUACCACUGGCUCACUGAGCUCCACAAGUGACCUCAGCUCCACACUUGCACUCUCAAGCACCUCACCCACCACCACAAACAACAUGCCAUCUUCCCCCACAACCCAUAAUGCAGAUACAACCUUCAGUGUGGUCACAAACUCAGUCACUGUGCCUACUGAGACAUCCACGUCCGCUACCAGCCACAGCACAGUGAGUCCCCUCCUCACGACCACCAUUCCAGCUACAUCUCUAGGCAGUUCUUCUGUGUCUACAAGCACUACCAGGACCACUCAGGCAACGAGUACCACCUUACCUGCCACAGGCACCAGUGCACUGCACACAACCACAGCAACUCCUCCCAGUGACACCUCCAGCCAGCCUGUCACCACGGAGGAGUCCUCUCCAUCAUCAGUCACAUCGUCAGUCACUCCCACCAGCACACUCCAUUCUCCGGCAUCCACCACAUUGACUCCCAUUGACACCACUACCUUGACAUUGUCCACGACUGCACCUCCCUCCUCUGUCAGUACCGAAACCCCCACCCCAACACCAGCCACCACUGAGACCACAGCCACGAGUACCACUGGCUCACUGAGCUCCACAAGUGACCUCACCUCCACACUUGCACUCACAAGCACCUCACUCACCACCACAAACAACAUGCCAUCUUCCCCCACCACCCAUAAUGCAGAUACAACCUUCAGUGUGGUCACAAACUCAGUCACUGUGCCUACUGAGACAUCCACGUCCGCUACCAGCCACAGCACAGUGAGUCCCCUCCUCACGACCACCAUUCCAGAUACAUCUCUAGGCAGUUCUUCCCUGUCUACAAGCACUACCAGGACCACUCAGGCAACGAGUACCACCUCACCUGCCACAGGCACCAGUGCACUGCACACAACCACAGCGACUCCUCCCAGUGACACCUCCAGCCAGCCUGUCACCACAGACGUGUCCUCUCCGUCAUCAGUCACAUCGUCGGUCACUCCCACCAGCACACUCCAUUCUCUGGCAUCCACCACAUCGACUCCCAUUGACACCAGUACCUUGACAUUGUCCGCGACUGCACCUCCCUCCUCUGUCAGUACUGAAGGGUCUACCCUGACACCAGCCACCACUGAGUCCACAGCCACGAGUACCACUGGCUCACUGAGCUCCACAAGUGACCUCAGCUCCACACUUGCGCUCACAAGCACCUCACUCACCACCAUAAACUACAUGCCAUCUUCCCCCACCACCCAUAAUACAGAUACAGCCUUCAGUGUGGUCACAAACUCAGUCACUGCGCCUACUGAGACAUCCACAUCCGCUACCAGCCACAAAACAGUGACUCCCCUCCUCACGACCAGCACUCCAGCUACAUCUCUAGGCAGUUCUUCCAUGUCUACAAGCACUACCAGGACCACUCAGGCAACGAGUACCACCUCACCUGCCACAAGCACCAGUGCACUGCACACAACCACAGCAACUCCUCCCAGUGACACCUCCAGCCAGCCUGUCACCACAGAGGUGUCCUCUCCAUCAUCAGUCACAUCGUCGGUAACUCCCACCAGCACACUCCAUUCUCCGGCAUCCACCACAUCGACUCCCAUUGACACCAGUACCUUGACAUUGUCCGCGACUGCACCUCCCUCCUCUGUCAGUACUGAAGUGUCUACCCUGACACCAGCCACCACUGAGUCCACAGCCACGAGUACCACUGGCUCACUGAGCUCCACAAGUGACCUCAGCUCCACACUUGCGCUCACAAGCACCUCACCUACCACCACAAACAACAUGCCAUCUUCCCCCACCACCCAUAAUGCAGAUACAACCUUCAGUGUGGUCACAAACUCAGUCACUGUGCCUACUGAGACAUCCACGUCCGCUACCAGCCACAGCACAGUGACUCCCCUCCUCAUGACCACCAUUCCAGCUACAUCUCUAGGUAGUUCUUCUGUGUCUACAAGCACUACCAGGACCACUCAGGCGACGAGUACCACCUUACCUGCCACAGGCACCAGUGCACUGCACACAACCACAGCAACUCCUCCCAGUGACACCUCCAGCCAGCCUGUCACCACGGAGGAGUCCUCUCCAUCAUCAGUCACAUCGUCAGUCACUCCCACCAGCACACUCCAUUCUCCGGCAUCCACCACAUUGACUCCCAUUGACAUCACUACCUUGACAUUGUCCACGACUGCACCUCCCUCAUCUGUCAGUACCGAAACCCCCACCCCAACACCAGCCACCACUGAGACCACAGCCACGAGUACCACUGGCUCACUGACCUCCACAAGUGACCUCAGCUCCACACUUGCACUGUCUAGCCCCUCACUCACCACCACAAAUAACAUCCCUUCUUCCCCCACCAUCCAUAACACAGAUACAACCUUCAGUGUGGUCACAAACUCAGUCAUUGCGCCUACUGAGACAUCCACGUCUGCUACCACCCACAGCACAGUGACUCCCUUCCUCACGACCACCAUUCCAGCUACAUCUCUAGGCAGUUCUUCCCUUUCUUCAAGCACUACCAGGACCACUCAGGCAACCAGUACCACCUCACCUGCCACAGGCACCAGUGCACAGCACUCAACCACUGUUACUCCUCCCAGUCACACCUCUAGCCAGCCUGUCACCACAGACGUGUCCUCUCCGUCAUCAGUCACAUCGUCUGCCACUCCCACCAGCACACUCUAUACUCCCGCAUGCACCACCUCGACUCCCAUUGACACCAGUACCCUGACAUUGUCCAUGAGUGUGCCUUCAUCCACUCCUACCACAAGCAGAGAGCCAGCCUCCACUUCCACUAGAAUCACGAGCCCUGCAUCCAGUAUCCCCACUCCCUACCCUACUUCCUUCCCAUAUCCUCCCUCCAGUACUUCCAACAGGCCCACGACAGAAAUCACCACUCCCACAGACACUGCAGCCCCCACCUCGACCACAACCCCUCUACCCUUGCCCUCCACUACAGAAACCACCCAGGCUGCCAGCACACACGUGGUGACCACACUCACCCCCACAACAGUCCAUACCACUGCGAUCCUCUCCUCUUCAGUCACCGACUCCACUGGAAGCACGGCCACAUCUACAUUCACUGCGUCCCUCCCUGGCUCCACCAUCGUUCAAACAUCCAUGACUGUACCUCCCUCCUCUGUCAGUACCGAAGCCCGUACCCUGACACCAGCCACCACCCCAUCCACAUCCACGAAUCCCAUUGGUUCCUCAACCUUCAAGCCUGACCUCAGCUCCACACUUGCACCGUCUAGCCCCUCCCCCACUAGCACAAAUAUCAUCCCUUCUUUCCCCACCACCCAUAAUACAGACACAGUCUCUAAUAUUGUCACAACCUUGGCCACUAGGCCUAGUGACACGUCCGUGUUCCCUUCCACCCAAAGUACAGCAAGUGCCUUCCUCUCUACCAGCAUUCCAGCUACAUCUUUAGGCCCUUCUCUCGUGCCUACCAGCAGUACCAGGACCUCUCAGGCAGACAGUACCACCUCAUCUGCCUUGAGCACGUCUAAUUCAAUGCAGGAAACAGCUGAAACCACUUUGGCACCCACCACCACUGAUACAGACACGUAUCAGUCUAGUUCCAUGGGACUGUCCUCCACUACAGCUUCUACACAAACAGCCAAGACGAGGGACACAACCCUGCUUGCUUCAUCUGCUUUGAGAACCACAAUUACUCCUAUCAGUACCCUUUCUGUAGAGUCUCUGACAACAGAUAUUACUUCUAUUUCUCCCAUCACAUCCUCAGCCACUCAAACAAGUACAGUCCAUUUUCAGACAUCUCCAGUCUCUAUGCCAGUGACCAGUAGUACCUUGACAGCAUCCAGUUCGCCUGUAUCAUUUCCAUCUUUCCCAACCACAGAACCAGUACCUACUGACACCACAGCCCUCACCCCUCCGUUUACCCUAUCCACGAUCCCUGCCACCCAGUCCACGUCCACCCCUCCAUCUCUGACUGGGAUGUUUACCACAACCAGAACUGAGGUCACCACUCCCAUGCAUACGUCUCCCCCUGCCACCUUGAUCACAGCAUCCUCGAGCACUCCCUCAACUACAGAAGUUGCCAAGACUGGGACCACAAACAUGGCAACAACACCCACCUCCAUAACAGCUCUCAGUACUUCAGGUGUUUCUCCCUCUUCAGCUUUCCCUAUAUUGAGUACUUCUACUAAUGCGAUAAGUACCCCUUUUGGUACCAUCAUCUCCUCUUCAAUACCUGCAAUAACAAUAUCAUCUCUAUCUUCUACUAGCCCAAGUUCAGGGGUCUCCACGACAAGUAGCUCUUUUUCUACCUCCUCUCAAAUGUCCAGCACAGAAAACACAGGCCCUUCUGUCACUACCUUUCCUACUUUUUUAUCAACUGAGACGACAAGAACUUCCCCCACCACACCUUCCCUAAUAACCUCUCCUACCCGAACGACCACCAUGCUGACUCUGUCUUCCACCACCCCAUGUCCAGAAUCCAUAUCAGUUACAAUAGUGUCUGCUUCUCCCACUACACCAUGUAUUGAAGUGGGUUCAAAUGCUGAAGUUACCUCUACACCCACCGUCCCAUUGUCUGUUUUUACCUCUACUACUGAGAUGGCCACCUCUCCCAGUUCCACAACCAUGACAACUCUGUUCCCUGUAAAACCGGACAGUUCUACUUCCAUUCUGGAAACUCACCCCACCAACCAGACUGCUGCUCCUAGUUCUAUCAGCACUGGGAUCACUCCCACUAGCACGGUUUUCCCAAGCACACAAAGAUCCACCACUGGGACCUGGAUCAGCACCAACUUUGUAACUACCCAACGUGUAACGGGCUUCACUAGCCUCCCACUGACCAUGAAACCAAGUAGCAGCUCUUCAUCUUCCAUGGUGACUACAAGCGAGUUGACAACUCCCAGCCCACCCAGAAGAAGUACUUCAGAGACACCAGAGGGCACCACCAAGACUCUCUCCACCAUUACGUCAUCCAGGACAACUUCAACCACAACCCAGAUGACCACACAGUCCAGGGAGACCACCACCCCAGGCACUUGUGAUAAUGGUGGCACCUGGACGCAGGGCCGCUGCUCCUGCCUUAGCACUUUCAGUGGCCCCCAAUGCGAGUUCGCUGUGGAAGAGAUAAGUAUGGACAAAGUGGACGCCGAAGUGGGCAUGGAGGUGUCUGUCAACCAGGAGUUUUCCCCGGACCUCAAUGACAACAGUUCUCAGGUCUACAAGGAUUUCACGAAAGCCUUCCAGGAUCAGAUAAAGAAGAUUUACCAAAAUGUGCAGGGGUUCAAGGAGGUGCAGAUCCUUUCUCUGAGGAAUGGCAGCAUCGUGGUGGAAUAUCUAGUCCUGCUGGAGUUACCCUUCAGCCUCCAGCUGGAGGAGGAGUAUGAGAAGGUGAAGGUGGCCUUGAAGGAGGAGCUCCAGAAUGUUAGCCAGGAUGGGAACAGCUGCCAGAAUGACCAAGUCCUGUGUUUUAAGCCUGACUCCAUCAAGGUGAACACCACCACCAGGACGGAGCUGUCACCUGAAGCCAUCUGUCGCCGCGCUGCUGCCGAAGGUUUUGAGGAUUUCUACUUCCCUUUCCUGGAGGAGAACCAGCUCCGCUGUGUCACCAAAUGCACGGCAGGCGUGAAAGGUGCAAUUGACUGCCAUCAGGGCCAAUGCGUUGUGCAGAAGAGUGGUCCUUCUUGCCGCUGCUUCUCCACGGACACGCACUGGUUCUCGGGCCCGCGCUGCGAGGUGGCCAUCUCCUGGAAGGCGCUGGUCGGGGGCCUGGCGGGAGCCGGGGCCCUGCUUCUGCUGCUGCUGGUGGUGGCGCUGAGCGUGUUCGUCGUGCGCUCCCGGAGGAGAGAUAGGCAAGGCCGAGGCAGGUCCAGGGAUGACAGGAAGUGGUUCGAGACCUGGGAUGAGAACACUGCGGGGACUUUUUCUAACUCAGGCUUUGAAGAUGACAUUAACGAAGAAAACUUCCCUGUGGCCUUGGACACCGUGGACACCAAUGCCAGGGUGCAUAUUCACAGACCUGAGGUGGUCUCGUCCUCACUGUGAGCCCACACAGCCCUCUCCACCUGCCCGGACAGCGGAGAGAACCAUCUGCACUGCCUUUGGAGAGAUGGCCACGGGCUCGUGCGGCUCAGUCUCCUGGUUUCCUAGGGCAUAACAGACCUCCGCCUACCCUCAUCCUUCCCCCAACUUGGGUGAAACCCACCUGGAGACCCAGUUCAAAUCUACGCUCUUCCACUGUGGGACCUUGGGCAAGUCAGUAACUUCUCUGAACUUCGGUUUUGUCACCUGCAAAAUGCAAGUGGCCACUCCUCCUGGUACUUCCUGUUGGUUAUAGUGAAACCAGAUGUCUUGGGUCCGACCUCUGUCCCGAUGCACCUUCCUGUGUCGGCCUUCAUGCUCAUAUGGCUUCACUCACAUCCCCAGUCCCUGUGUCCUUCCCCGAGGCUCAGGCCUCUGCCGCUCCUUUUCCCGUGUGCAUCCCUACUGCCAGCCAGGUCCUCCCCCCGUACCUGUAAGCAGCCCGUAGCCUGUCCCAGCCUCCUACCCUGUCCUUCUGUAACUCCCUGCUGUGCCCCUCCACCACUUCUUAACCCUCUCCCCUCUGAACCUGCUGCUGCUGCUGCUAAGUCGCUUCAGUCAUGCCCGACUCUGUGCGACCCCAUAGAGAGCAGCCAACCAGGCUCCUCCAUCCCUGGGAUUCUCCAGGCAAGAAUCCUGGAGUGGGUUUCCAUUUCCCUCUGAACCCACUUCUUCUUAAAUCCCUCCUCCCCCACACUCCUGCCCUGUGUCUCCCUGUUUCCAUACUUUCCCCUUCCUCAUCUUUUUACCCUCAACCCUAAAUUCCCCCUACCCCCCACAUCUCCAUGCCCCACUCCUAAAUCCUCCCUUCUCCCCACUCCCCCUCCCUAGGUAGGUACAGAUGCCCUCUGCAUCUUAGGACCCCCAACUGGGGCUCCCUAGGCCAGGUCCCCCAUUCUGAGUCCCCAUCCUUCCUGUCACCCCUAAGGGCCCUGGAUCCCGGUGGGUGGGGGGUGGCAGGUAGGUUCCCAGGCCCCUGAAGAUGAGGGGAAGAGGGGACCUGAGGUGGGAAAGCUCCCUCAGCACCCCCUCCCCAUUCGCCUAACUCUCCCUCCUCUCCCUUCGUGGCCCCCACUUCCUACGCCUCCCCCACCUCUCCUCACCCUUCCUCUCCCUGGCUCACCCCCAUCUCUGCUGUAACCUGUGAAGCCAGGACCCCAGCCUCCUUUGCAGGAAGACCUCACCUGGGGACAGGAAGUCUGCAAGUCUCCAGUUCAACCAGCUGUACAUAAUGUAAUAUUUGUUGUAAACAAAACAAAACAAAACAGAAAACCUGCU